CUAUCAAGUAAAGAAUAUUGUGAAAGAUUCCAUUAUUUUAGAACGUUGUUGAGUAUUUUAUUAUUAUAGUAUUAUUUUAACUGUUAUCCAUAUAGUUUGUCAUUAACAAUUUGAAUACUAGUUUUUAAAUACUCAUGUGUAUUUUAAAAAAAAAAAUUGUUGUCUGAUUUUAUUCUUUUAUGUAAAGACUAACCAAAUAGUCAAAAUGACUGUGAUGUCUCAAGAAGAAAUGGUGGUUGGCAUUAAAACUGUUGCUCAGGGAUUAGAAGCUCUGAAAAAUGAGUUGAUUGCGUCCAAUAAUCCGUCAGGUCAAAAUUUUACCCAACCAGAAGAAAAACAAUUGAUGCUCCAAAAAACAUUGGAUAUGACUGAAUUAGGUCUAGGAGAAGCUCAGGUAAUGUUGGCAUUAGCAUCUCACCUUCAAAAUGUUGAAGCGGAGAAACAAAAGUUAAGAACUCAAGUACGUAGGCUAUGUCAAGAAAACGCAUGGCUUCGUGAUGAAUUGGCAAACACUCAACAAAAAUUGCAAGCAUCAGAACAAGCUGUUGCAUUAUUAGAUGAGCAAAAUAAACAUCUUGAAUUCAUGGCGUCUAUUAGCAAAUUUGAUGCUGAUAAGACUGAAGAUCAGACUGAAAACAAACAAGAAAAAUCUAAAAAUGAUGAUCCAGUGGUAGAUUUAUUUCCAGAUGAUGACAAUGAAGAAAGAAACACAUUGUCACCAACACCACCUUCACAAUUUGCACAGCAAGUUAACGCUGGAGCAGGUUAUGAAAUUCCUGCUCGUUUAAGAACAUUACAUAACUUAGUAAUACAAUAUGCAUCUCAAGGCAGAUAUGAAGUUGCUGUACCUUUGUGCAAACAAGCUUUAGAAGAUCUAGAAAAAACAUCUGGUCAUGAUCACCCGGAUGUUGCUACAAUGUUAAAUAUUUUAGCACUUGUUUACAGAGAUCAAAAUAAGUAUAAAGAUGCAGCCAAUUUAUUAAAUGAUGCAUUAGCUAUCCGAGAAAAAACCUUAGGCGAAAAUCAUCCUGCGGUUGCAGCAACAUUAAACAAUUUAGCUGUUCUUUAUGGGAAAAGAGGCAAGUAUAAAGAUGCUGAACCAUUAUGUAAACGAGCUUUAGAAAUCAGAGAAGCAGUGUUAGGCAAGGGACAUCCAGAUGUUGCUAAACAGUUAAAUAAUUUAGCAUUACUUUGUCAAAACCAGGGUAAAUAUGAAGAAGUUGAGCGUUAUUACCAAAGAGCCUUAGAAAUAUAUGAAAAAAAACUAGGUCCUGAUGAUCCAAAUGUUGCAAAAACAAAAAAUAAUUUAGCAUCAUGUUACUUAAAACAAGGUAAAUACAAGGAAGCUGAAAUUCUCUACAAGCAAGUUUUGACCAGAGCUCAUGAAAGAGAGUUUGGAACAAUUGAUGGCGACAACAAACCUAUUUGGCAGGUUGCUGAAGAAAGAGAAGAGAAUAAAAACAAAAAUAGUGGUACAGCUCCUUAUACAGAAUAUGGUGGUUGGCAUAAGGCUGCUAAAGUUGACUCACCCACAGUAACUACCACCCUUAAAAAUUUAGGAGCUCUGUAUAGAAGACAAGGAAAAUAUGAAGCAGCUGAAACAUUAGAAGAUUGUGCUUUAAGAUCUCGAAAAGAAGCUUUUGAUAUUGUAAAACAAGCUAAAGUUGCACAAAUUCUUAGUGGUUCAAAUAAUAAUGUAAACAAUAGUGAUAGAAGGAAUCGAUCAAGUAGAUUGAUUGAUUCUAGAGAAUCUUUAGAUUAUGACACUAGUUCCCCUGGAACUAAAAUGGACGAGAAAUCUGGAACAGAUGGUCAACAGAAGUAGAAUUAAAACAAAAUUAUUAUUAUCUACUUACUUUCCACUACAUAAUUUUAUUCUACUAUGGCAUACCAGUGUUCAUCUUACGAUCACAUACAUGGAUCAUCAAAUGAUUUUUUAUAAAAAGUGCAAUAAUAAGAAUUAUUUUGAACAAAAAUUUGAUUAAUGUUGAACAAUUAAUUAUUGAAUACAUUUUUAUACAAUUAAAAAAAAUUAAAUGUAUCACAAUUAAUUUAACUUUGUUAGGGAGUAGUAAGCAUAAUUUAUUUUAUAAAUUAUUGAAUAUGCUUUAAUGAGCAUAGGUUAAUUAAAUUUUUUCUCUUAGAUAUACAUAUUUUAAUCACAAUUAACAGUAACAACUAGUAAAUCAUUCUAGACCUAAGUACUAAGUAUUUAUGCAAGCCCAAAAAACAUUUUUAUUAUUUACUUAAUUAACUUUACUUAGAUUUUAUACUAGUUUAACAAUAUUUAGAAAUAAAACCGAUUAUUCCUUAUUAAAUAAUUUAUGUAGGCUCAGAAAAAGUAUAAAUAUGUGUGUGUAUAUCUAAGUAUAUAUUAUGAAAAUCAGUCUAUAAAUUCCUAUCAAAAUCUAAUUUUGGAUUUUAUUUUUCUAUUGAUUAAUGAUGAAUUUUAUAAAUUAAAUGCUUCUGUGACAACUGUUUUAUUUACA